AGAAAACACGUAGCCAGACACGAGAAGCCUUUCAAGUGCGAUGAGCCGGACUGUCCCAAGGCUAUCGAAGGGUUCAGCACGAGGAACGAUCGUGACCGGCAUAAGAAGUGUGUCCAUGGCGUGCUUAGAACCGACGAGACGGUGUUCCGCUGUAACCUGGAUCAAUGUAAGGACAAGCCCAAGGACUGGCCGAGGCAGGAUAAUUUCAAGUCCCACUUGUCCCGGAAACAUGGCAUAAAAUCCGAAGACGUGGAUCUGGCCCCAUUUACUCACCGUCUUUCCAGCUCCACAGAUUUGGCUGGUCUUGGUAUGUCUGAGGCUAUUUCCACGGAGCCACGUCGAAUCUUGGGCUCUUAUCCAGCAGCACCACCGCCGUGGACCGAACCCGGUCUGGACAGCUCGGUUCCUUUGAGACCGGUGAAUACCCUACCCAGGGAUGAGAGCAACUCGCAGUCGGGAAACAAUACUCACUUCACGAACCAUGCAUUCUUGAUGGAAGACAGAGACUUUACGUCUUUAAUGCGAGCCGAUGUACCUCAAUUCCUAAACCAAAAUCUUCAACAGGACGCCCCGGCCAGAAGUAUGAAUAACGCCCGGGCGCACUCGGCUCCAAUCGAACCACAAAUAUCGCCGCAGGAUGCCAGGACUAUCUCCACCGAGGAGCCACCGCUCGCGGGACAAUCGCCAUAUGUCGCCCCGGACGUCCUGAGCCGCACUCAUGCCGAGUUCAGGCCCUCAUUACCGCCGACGGAGACACAGUUAUGUCCCAGGGAAGUUAUACAACUAGAUGCGGAUGACCUUUCAGGAGGCCUUGAGCAGAGUGAUCAGUCAAAGCGUAAAAUUGAGGCCCACGUUCCGGAUGAGGGUGCCCCUGAGGAGGCGCCAGAGGAUACCGCCUGUGAGGAUGAUGUUCAAGAUACUGAUACCGAGGAGGCUACCUUGGAGAGUACAGACGAACAGGCUAGGCUGACGCCGAACUCCGGUAUCGAAUCCACCGAUGUGCCAACGAUAACUGUGAAGUCGCCUUCAUCCGAGCAGGAGCCCGAGGAUGAUACGUCUAAGCAAGGGGGCCUCGACGAGGAGGGAAGUGCCAUACUUCGAACGUGGAUGGAGCGAGGCAUUCUCGACAAUCUGCUGAAGGAGGUCGGAUACCUGAAACCAACGGAUCUCGAAGCCAAGGGCCCAUCGCCGCCGGCUGCUCCCUCUGUUUCAACCAACAAACCUGGAGUCAAGUGCGAGCAAUGCGGAAAAACGUUCCAGCGGCCCUGCGAGCUAAAAAAACACCGAAAGCGCCAUGCAAGACCCUAUGCCUGCACCUUUGCCCGGUGCGACAAGACAUUUGGCAGCAAAAACGACUGGAAGCGGCACGAGACCAGCCAGCACUUUCAGCCCGAGCUUUGGCGCUGCAACGAGAAUUCGCCCGAUCGUCCGGUCGACGAGUGCGGGAAAGCUUGCCUUCGGCGAGAGCUGCUCAAGUCCCACCUGCAGAAGGACCAUGGCAUUCGAGAGCACGACAUGCUCGAGAAGAAGCUCGCCGAGUGUCGAAUGGGACGCAACUUUGAAUCUCGUUUUUGGUGUGGGUUCUGCAGGAAGAUUGUCGAGUCUACCGGGACAGACGGCCCCGCGCACAGCUCGCGCUUCGACCACAUCGACAACCAUUUCAACGGCCGAGGCAUGCCACAGGCGGACAUCAAAGACUGGAAGCACGUGGAUGCGGACCCCCUUGAUGCCCCGGGCUCUGAAGGCGGCCAUUCCGCACAUGGACGGGUUGCCUCUUCUUCGGACACUCCUGCUCGGCCAAGCAAGCACCGCAAGCGGCUCCACCCUUCGGACGGCGACGCAAGCUCUGCGCGGCCCAAGCGUCCCAGGGGCAGCAGCGGCGCGAGGGAAGUCUACUGGUCCUGUUGCGUGUGCGAGAAUUACUGGAGCAAGGAAUCCUAUGUCAUGUGUUUUGACAGCGGGUGCGGCCACGCGUAUUGCAAGGACUGUACCGUUUUUGAGAUGCCCGACGAGAAGAAACUGGCUGAUGACGACGUAUCGAUGACCUGA